AUGUCCACAUCCACCAAACCUCCAUUCAACAAAGCCUCACCAAUCCACUGGAUCCUCGACUGGGACGGUACCGUCACCCGAAAAGAUACCCUAGAUACCCUGGUCAGCAUUUCCGCCGCUAUAAAACCCGAUUUCCCUACCCAGGACCAUUGGAACAAUGUCUCAAAAGCCUACAUGGACGACUACACAGCCACACUGGCCCAAAUCGCCCCAGAAGACAAGCUCCCCACCACAGUAUCAGGAGAGAAGCGUCUUCUUGCCCAGAUGAAACCUGUAGAACAGCGCAGUCUCAGCCGCGUAUCCUCAUCUGGUAUUUUCGCUGGCUUAACAAGAGAAGUCAUCGAAGCUGGAGCAAGACAGGCCAUCGACUCACGUGCGACAGAGCUGCGCAAUGGUUUCUCUGAGUUAUUCAAGCACAUUCAUGACGAUCGCGAGAAUGAUGGCUUUGUGCUUCUUAGUGUUAACUGGUCUCGCCACUUCAUUCAGUCCUGCCUUGGAGCUUCGGGUAUCCAUGGUGUACCUACCUACUCCGUCUUCUCCAAUGAACUCGACAAGGUGGAUUCUGGAGAACAGUCUACCGGUGUUAUUGUUCCGGCUACGAACAAUGGUGGAAGUCUCAUCAUGUCUAGUGGAGACAAACUUGAGCAGAUGGAGCGCAUGCAAGAGUUCAGAGGUCAAAAGGUGUAUGUGGGUGAUAGCUGGACAGACAUCGAAUGUCUACUUGCAGCUAACCUAGGUAUUUGCAUCCGAGAUGAUCCCAUGGGAAGUUCACAGAAGAAACUUGCAGAAGCGUUGACGAGGUUAGGUGUAUCAUGUCCGCGAUUGAAAGAUUACCGAGAGGCUGAUGAGUGGGGUGUUGUAUGGGCGAGGGACUUUGCUGAGAUUCAAGAUUGGGUUGAGAGCAAGUCAACCUAG